UCUAUGUUUGUCAGACUCAAUCCGACGGAGAGGAGCUAGCCGCCAUUUUCUAAGCGUCUCUCCCUAAAACGAGAGAAAAAGCCUCGCGUCAAACCGCCAUCUGGAUUACCUCUCUCUCGUCGGGAAUCUGUUUUUUCGCUUCAGGAUUGCCGUGGAAUCACGUACAUUUGAAGUAAUCGGGGAUAGGACGGACUAUUUCGCGGCCUAGGGUUAUAAUAUUCGCUGUGGCGGCGAGGCGAGCUGUAGCUCGGUGAUUCGCCCAUUGCUGAAUCCGGAACGAAGCCGAGAGGCUCCGAUAAGCGGGCCCCUUUCCGCACCCUGGCUGUGUAUUUUUGGAAUAAUUAAUGGCAGAGUGAUCGACAAAAGCCCCGUGUGUUGUGUCGGUACUCUUGGUUUUUUUCCACUCAAACUGCAGGGGACUGUUGCCGAAAUUCCCUCGGAUAGUGCAACCUCGUCACGUGGCUGUCCUCCGGUGGGGCAGUAAGCGGGUGGAGUGGAGCAGGCCGAGGUGCCCGUCCCUCUGCACUGCAUGGCUGCGAUGGCGCCCGCUCUCACCGACGCCCCAGCCGAAGCUCACCACAUCCGCUUCAAACUGGCUGCCCCAUCCUCGAGUCUCUCACCGGCCAGUGCAGAGAACAACAGUAACGCCAACAACAUCCUCAUCCACGGUAGUGGCCCCGGAAAGUGCAAGGUCGCCUCCGAAGAGUGCCCUCUCGACUUCUGUGGCGGCAACCAGGAACCGCAGGAGCAGCAGCCCCAACCAGACUCUGUGUCCCAGGCCUCGGCCUUGGGCAAACUCCAGCCACUGGUGGCUUCUUAUUUAUGCUCAGAUGUGACAUCUGUCCCUGCAAAUAAGGAGUCAAUCAAGCUUCAAGGAGUCCUCAUCAAACAGUCUGUGCUGAAAAGCCACAGAAUUCUGCCCAGUUCUUUGCUGAACGGUGGGGGAGAGUUCCUUCUGAGGAGGCAGGCAAUUGAACUCUCUGGUGGUCAGCUUAAAAGCCUCAUGAGUGGCAGCACCAACGGGAGUGGCCAGCCCAUGGCACCAGUCAAUGGCCUGGCCAAGAAGCUGGCCAGCAUGUCAGGUUCGGGCUGCAUGGUGGCGGUGAACGGUGACAAGCCUUCUGCCACCACAGACUCUCAACCUCAGAACCUGCCAUUGGACUCAGAGACCUUCACUGCUACCAUAUCGGGCCACAUCCCGGUGAAAGAAGCCCUCAGACAGAAGCAUUCCUCCGGUGCUCCUCAGAACACAGAUGGAAAUAAUGUGGAACCACCAGUGCUUCAUUCUGCUGCUCUGUCCUCCCUUAACCAUGACAACCUGAACUCAACGGAACAGGUUAAUUCAAACGAAACCGAUUUGCAGACGCGUACUGGUCCGCCGCCGGGUUCUGAUGGGGAGAGACCAGGCAGUAGCCAACAGGGAUCCCCACAAUGCACAGCCACACCAGAGCCGCCUCUGCCCUGUAGUUCAUCCUCGGACAGCCUCGAUGGUCACGUCAGAGAGCGCACGGCCCUCAACAGCAAGCGGCAGGCCGAAAUCGAAAGCCGCCUGCAGCGCCUGCGCAAACGUCUUCAGGUGGUUCAGGCCAAGCAGGUGGAGCGGCACGUCCAGCAGCAGCUAGGUGGGUUUUUGGACUCGGCUCUUAGCAGGCUACGAGCCGGGAGCCGCAAGUCGGAUGCGGCGCCACAUUCGGCCACAUGGAGGACCGGACGACAUUAUUCGUCAAACAGCAGGGAUGGCCUGGGCAGGUUCCUGAAAAGUGGUGCUGUGCCCUUGGAGCUGGAGAGGCUGUAUCUGAGUGGCUCAGCCAACCUGCAUUCAGCAGAAAGCGCCUUUGACUCUGAUGUAACUGAAAGCAGCUCUGGUGGGGACUCUGACCUGGAAGAGGAAGAGCUGUCCAGAGUGGACAUUGAGCAGCGACAUGUCAAAAUAUGGAAGCGGGCAGAGAGCCGGUACACCGUAGAGAGAGCUGGUAUCAUCAGCCACUGGAACUGGCUUCAGGCCCACAUCUCGGACCUGGAGUACCGCAUCCGACAGCAGACAGACAUUUACAGACAAAUCCGUGCCAGCAAGGGUUCUGUAGAGUUGGGAGGACUUGCCCCCAGUGCUGUGCUCACAGCUGGCACCGAAGUGAAGAUGGAGCCUGUAAAUGCACAGGAUGUUGGUGCAGAACGGCUGGACAACACAAGCCCCGCCCACGUCACCAGCACAGAGCAGGGCCCGUGGAAAGGUCAGAACGGGCAGCCAGUCAACGGCGUCCUCAGCAGGAUGGCGGACAGUGCAGACGGCAAGCUCCAGCCGGCCUAUGACGGCACGUGUGUGGCUGCGCGUACGCGGCCGCUCGUCGGCUGCCGGCGGCGGCGGCUCAUUCAGCCUAACACGGUGACGAACCUCAACGGCAAGACCCCGAGGAGCAGCUGUACGCAGUGUAGCUGCAGGGUGAACCCCAGCUGUGUGAUGUGUGGUGGCUGGCCCACCCCCAGAGAGGAACCCCAAUACGAGCUUCCCACCCUGGAGCGCCUGUCAAGGCUGGAUCUUGGCGUCCACCCCAUCCUCUCCUUCCCUGACGAUGUUUCUGUGGGCCUUCGUCUGCAGCAGGUGAUGAAGAGCCAGUGGCAGUCCAAGUCGUUGGAGAGGAGCAAACCCCUGAAGAAGCUUUCGCUUAAACACAAGCUCUCCUCAUCCAAAGAGAAGCACAAGUUCACCAGCUCCCUCAUGGCAGUCAGACUGAGCCACUGUAAGAAUCGCAUUGACAAGCAGAGGACCGUUGAUGGCAACAUGGGCAGUAACAGCAGUAGCAGCGCCAUACUGAGCAUGCCCAGACUGGACAACCAGGCCGGGUGCAAAACGGAGCGACUGCAUACCCUCUCCACUCCGUUAGGACCCUACGACAAGAACUACAGCCGCAAGAGAUUAAGAGAGCACUCACUGGACAGGGCUGACACUUCCCCGAAGCUUUUCUUGGACACAAGCAGUCCCUGCACAACACUGGCCAACAUGCACCCGUCGCUUCACAGCCCGCUGACGCGCCAGCUGUCCACGUCGUCAGAUACAUCCAUGCAGCUGGGCACCGGCAGCCAGAGCGUCCCCAGCACACCGCAGCAGCCAAUCAAGCGGAGGCGUGGCGAGAGUUCCUUCGACAUCAACAACAUAGUGAUCCCCAUGUCUGUGGCGGCCACCACCCGAGUGGAGAAGCUGCAGUACAAAGAGAUCCUCACUCCGAGUUGGCGAUCGGUGGACAUUUUCUCUCAGCCAAUAACAGCAGAGGAGAACGAGCGAGAGGUGGAGGAUCUGACGGACGCCGCCUUCAUCCAGCUCCACCAGCCCCACGAGGACCAGGAGCGCUCCCGUUGGACCUGGAUGGCGCUGGCUCCGGCUAAACGCCGGGGCAGCAGGUCAUACAAGUCUGUGGAUGGACGGACCACGCCUCUGCUGUGCGGGACCAACCCACCCACCCCUCAACCCGCAUCGCCGGACCCCGGCCACUGCCCCUCGCUGCACGACUACAGUCACGUGCCGUCGCCCAUGAGCCCCCCCAGCCCCGACGCCUCGUCCAACCCCCAGACUCCCUGUUCCCGCGACUCCCACCGGCUGCUGUCCAAUGAGGACACUCGGUGCUCCACGCCCGACUUUACCUUUGAGGAACGGACCGUAGCGCCGUGGGAACGCCGCAACUUCCCCCUGCCAGAAGACCCGACUCCAGAGCCCGAAAGCGACCAGCCGAUCAGGCCCAGGGCCCGCAGCAUCUCAGGGUGCCGAUCGUCUGCCUUCGGGCGCCUGGACUCGGACGACGCGGAGCUGCCUUGCGACGACGACGGCGGCCCCAAGCUCAGAGCCUCGUCCCACCGAUGAGCUGCAGGCAGGCGGAGGCCCCGCUGCCCCGCCCCACACGGCUCCUCUCUGGCAUUAACAAGCAGAACCUCAAAGCUGAAGAUGUUGUUCAAUGGGUUCCUGUUGUUUGAUAUUCAAACAUCAGUCUAAUACUUUCACAGUUUUUAGUGAACAUUAUGGAGAUAGAAGCCUUUCCCUUCACUUGUUUUUGUCACAGGGAAAAAAAAACCGAUAAAUGCAAAAAAAAAAAAAAAAAAAGUAUAAAACAACACAUUACAAAAAGUGAGUUCUGUAGUAGGCUAAACAAUGUACAUGGGGGCUUAGUGGUGUUCAUGUCGCGUGUACACUUGUAGCGCACUAUGUAGCGACUCCUCAACAUAUGGCCAAAGGGUGUUUUCUAUUGACUAGUUUGCUUGUAAAUCCCCAUGUACAUUUUUAGUGGAGUGACAAAUAUCAAAACAAAAACAAAAACAAAAAAAACAAAAAAAAAAACUCCCUACUUCCUUCUUCCUGCUCCUCAUCCACAUAAACAGGUACAUUUAAGAUGUGGUUCCCUCCUCCCCCCACUAGAGGUCGCCUGAAAUCACCAGUGCACUUCUCGUACUGCCAAGUCUAGUUCUGCUGGUUUGCUUUCUUUGUUUGUUUGUUUUUUUUUCCAUUCCUGACAUGUUUUUGUUGAUCUCGUUCUGUCUGUUUCAGUGUAACGCAUUAAUUUGUUUUUAUUUGAAGAGUAAAAUCAUUCCUCCAGUCUCUUCGGAGAGCUCCCGUCUCGCUGCACAGGUUCCCACCGCCGGUUCUGUUUUACAAAAAAAAAAAAUAUAUAAAAAAAAAAAAAAUAGGGUGACGGCACAGACCCGGGAGCUGCUUUCUAUUUUUAUGUUCAGGUUUGAGCAAUUGCCCGGCAGAAAGCUGCCUGCAUGCUAAAAUAAAAACAAACGGAAAAAGAUGAAGUUAGUCCGAUCACACCAGUAAUCCUCAAAGCUAAUCUCACUCCUUUGCAAACAGUUGUGGCUGUAAAUGAAAAUGUGGCGACAUAAACACAAUAACCUCUGUGCUUUUUUUUAUUUUUUAUCCUUCUUUAUGGUUUCUGUAUCAGCUUAACAAGAUUUUAAACAUUUCAAAUGUAGCAGCUCUCAAUUAGAAGCCACCCGAGCUCAGGUCUCUCUGGACAGCAAUUUAAUGACACUUUUCCUCAGAAUGAUCAGUUCAAAGCCAGAUUUUGUUUUUUUCCACUUUCACAUCCUUGUAAUUAUGCUCUCACCUCAUCCCUCCUCCACUUUACGUAACUAAUUGCUAUGCAAAAAAAGAAAAAAAAUCUAUGGUUGUUUUCAUUUUCCGCCUCCUUUGUACACAACCGUUCUGUUUAUUUUUUGUUUUGUUUGUUUUGUAGUUAAGAUGUCAAUGUACCUGUUCGAUUGUUGCAGCAGUUAUAACCUAAUCAAAAAGCAGAAUUGUUUUCUUUCUUGUAAAUAGUACCAUUAAAACAUUUAUGUUUAACUUGG